AUGAUAACUCCUGAACCACUCCCUAGAGAAUUCGAAAAUUCCUUCGAAAAAGAAAGUAAACGACUUAGUAAAAAGCCAAAAGAGCAAGAUUUUCAAAUUAAAUAUAAAACAGAGAUUUGUAAAAAUUGGGUGAAUGGCCACUGUCAGUUUGGAGAAAGCUGUGCCUUUGCCCAUGGAAGGGAAGAAUUACGAGAGAAAGCUUUGUCUAAGAAAGAGUGUACACACUUUGCGGAAGGCUUUUGUGUCUAUGGAGAGAGGUGUCUAUUUAAGCAUACAGUAAAUACAAAGCGGCGGCUGCCUGUUUUUAUAACCAUCUCGAUGAAAGGACAGAUUGAGACUCAAAACUAA